AUGGAGGCCGCAUCAAACAACUUUGAUAAGUCACUCCUUAUUGAGAAUAGUGGUUUAUUUGGUAGAGUUUAUCAUGGCAAGAUUGAUGGGGUAGCAAUAACCUUGGUGGAUGUUAUGCAUGUCUACAGCAUACAUGCCUUCCAUAGCCUGUUAGAGAUUAUGUCGAAGCUCGGCCAUGUUCAUCUUGUGCCAUUGAUUGGUUAUUGCCAUGAGCAGGAGAUGACACUCAUGGUCUACGAAUACGUGGCUGGUGAAAAUCUAGCCGAGUUCUGUGAAAGUAAUGGUUACAGCGAUCCAGAGUACCUGCGCACCGGUCUGCGUACUGAGAAAUCAGAUGUCUAUUGUUUUGGCCUUGUGCUACUAGAAGUCCUCUUUGCUCGCCCAGUUAUCGAGUGCCACCGUAUCUGGGAAAAGGUUGCGCCGUUAGUGAACUGGGCAUGCCAAUGCCCGGACUACCUUCAUUCGUUUGUUGAUCCAUACCUAGAGGGAAAAUUUUAUGAACAGUGUUUAAAUAUAUUCCUCAAUACUGCUCGGAAGUGCAUUGCUGAUAAAGGCAUUGACCGUCCAACGAUACGAGCUGUACUGUGCAACCUGGAGUAUUGCCUUCAGUUGAGUGGGGGGCUGGAGAGCGGAGAGGAUCGUGGUAGCAUGUCAGGCUAUGCCAUGGGUGAGGGAAGGUGA